AAACCAAAUGUUUGCCGUUCUCGUACGCAUUAUUUUACGCCUUUUUGCGUAUGAACAUUGUCGUAAAUGCCGUUAACAAGCUCUAGGGACACCUGUAUGCAUCUUCUUUCCUCGGCGGACAUCUUCAAAGCGGUGUGGGGAAGCGUUGUGUUUGCUUUGUUUAACUAGAAAUAGCUGCACCACCAAUCUUAUCUCUUGCCUUGGUGAUAGCAAACCGUUAAACUUUAAUCAUCUAAACCGUGGUGCGUUUUUCGGGUUGGUGCGUUGGUUUGUUCAGUGCCCAGCAAACUUCCACACACGAUGGUUAUCCGCAAGCUGUACGUUCCACCGACGGUUGUGCAGAAGAAUCCACUACCACCGGUAGUGGAUCCGAACCAUUUGCCACCGGCAACGGCUUAUCAGCCUCCAGCGGAAGAUCUUCCGAUCGUGGUUGAGCCGGAAAGUGUAGGCAAUGGAGAUCCGCUAGUGUUUGCUGACGAGGUUGAGAUUGAGCUAGUGCCGGGGAAAAUUGUUGGCCGACGAAAGGCACUUCCGAAUGGGUCGGAGUACUUCUCCUACCAGGGUAUUCCGUACGCGCAACCUCCUGUAGGGGAGUUACGUUUCAAGUCACCAGUUCCGUUGGAAAAGUUUGCCGAACAACCGCUCCAGUGUGGCGUUGAGCGUGGAACAUGUCUGACCGUUAUGCCUCUGCCACCGGGAACGGUCGGAGUUGAAGAUUGUCUGUAUCUGAAUGUGUACACGACGAGUUCGCCGAGCGAAACGCUUGGCAUGCUGAAACCGGUCAUGGUUUGGAUUCACGGUGGCGGCUAUUAUACGGGCAGUGGCAAUAGCGACUUUUUCGGUCCGGAAUUUUUGCUCCAGCACGGUGUUAUCUUGGUGACGAUGAAUUAUCGGCUUGGUGCGCUUGGGUUUCUCGCCCUACCGUCGAUGGGGAUUCAUGGUAAUCAGGGCUUAAAGGAUCAGCAGCUAGCAUUGCGCUGGGUGCACGACAACAUUGCGCAGUUCGGCGGUGAUCCAUCGAACGUGACACUGUUUGGUGAAAGUGCUGGUGGUGCAUCGGUUAAUUGGCAUUACUUGAACACGAAGUCUCGGCAGUACUUCCACAAAGCCAUCUGUCAGUCGGGAUCGGUCCUUUGUCCGUGGGGUAUUCAGUAUUCGCCGGAGGAUAAGGCGCGCAAGUUGGCAGCUGUGUUGGGUUAUGAAGGAGACGAUGAUGCCGGCGUUUUGGAAACACUGGUGAACGCUUCGGUCGAAGAUUUAGUAUCGAAUUCCCCGAAAGCCUUCAACGAGACGGCGAAAUGCGUCUAUUUCUUUUCUCCCUUUAUUCCCACGAUCGAAGAUGCUAGCUCGGAAGAUGCAUUUAUUCUGCAGCGUGGUGAGGAACUGCUGAAGCAACCGAACAUUACCUCCAUACCGUUGAUACACGGUGUGAACAGUGCGGAGGGUUUGGUGUUUUAUGGAUUACUGCAACACCUGUUUGAUGAGGUGGCGGGCAACUUAGCGAUGACGUUACCGCUGGAUCUCGGUAUACCGCAAGACUUUAAGACCGCCGUGGUGGAGGAGGUUCGUCAGUUUUAUUUCCAGGACAAACCGAUCGAGCGGGAUGAGUUUCCCCGGCUUUUGGAUCUUGUAGCGGAUGUUGGAUUUUACUUCCCGGUGUUUGUAACCGCUGAGUUGCAUUCGAGAUAUCAGCAGGAAGCUCCGUUAUACUUCUAUCGCUUUUCUUACGAAAAUGAGCUGAAUCAACUGCGCAAGCAUAUGAAUGUACCGGAUGGAACACCGGGUGCUGCCCAUGGAGAUGAGUUGUCGUAUCUGUUUAGUGGAAGCGAAUUUACUGCCCACGUGGAACCUGGUUCGGGUCCCGAUCUUGCCCGGACGCUACUGUGCCGCUUGUGGACAAACUUUGCCAAGUUCGGAUGUCCCACACCGGACGGUGAUGAUGUUGGAUUCCGGUGGGAACCAUUACCGCCGACUGCUGCCGGUGAACCAUUUGUGCUGCGUGCCGUGGAUCUGAACGAUCAGAUAGACGUGGUGGAGAAUCCUCUGCAGGAUAGGAUACAGUUUUGGAAAUCGCUUGCCGAACGUUUUAAUCCCAACUUACUACAGAGUGAUCGCUUAAACAUGGUGAUGCGAAAUGUGCGCAAAUCGUACUCGGCAAUGUCCGAUGGUGGUACAGGGCGAGGAUCGACCGUACAAGCAUACGAUCCAUCCGCUCGCAUAAUGGUGAAGGUGAUGCAAGGGUCGAUCUACGGCACCAAGGAUCGUCUACCGAAUGGGAAACCCUACUAUUGCUUUAAGGGCAUUCCAUACGCAAAACCUCCAGUGGGGAAGCUACGCUUUGCCUCUCCGGUGCCGAUCGAGCGAUAUUCGGUUUCCUAUCUGGACUGUAGCCGGGAACGCAGCAGCUGUUUGGGUCGGGAUGUGAUCACGCGUGAGAUCACCGGUUCCGAGGAUGGACUGUUUCUGAACGUGUAUACACCGGCUAUUGGAAGAGAGGGAAAUGGUACGGCGCCGCUGUUACCGGUGAUGGUGUUCUUGCACGGUGGUGGAAUGACCGGUGGCAAUGGAGAUAGUGGUCUGUACUUGCCGGACUAUCUCGUACAGGAGGGUACCGUGGUGGCCACAGUAAACUAUCGACUCGGUGUGCUUGGGUUUCUUUGUCUACCUCAGGCAGGUAUUGAGGGAAAUGCUGGCCUCAAGGAUCAGCGGCUGGCUCUUCAGUGGAUUCAACAGAACGUAAAAACGUUCGGUGGUGAUCCGAACAACGUAACGAUCUUCGGCGCCAGCUCGGGUGGUAGUAACGUCCUGAUGCAUUGUUUUUCCGACCGUUCGCGGCAGUACUUCCACAAGGCCAUCGCACAAAGUGCUACCAUAUUUGCGGAUUUAAUCUAUCAAACGGAACCGGAAGAGCGGGCCCGUUCGUUGGCACGCGUGUUCGGCUACGAAGGCACAUCGGAUGAUGGUGUGCUCAGUACGUUACGGGAUGUUCCUGCGCGGCGACUGUACGAGGCACAGUUUCUCGUACUAUCUGCCCGGGAGCGAGAACAUGAACCGAUCUUUCAGUUUCCUUUUACGGCCGUUAUCGAGCGUGAACAGUCGAUUGAUCCGGUGCUGCUGAAAACACCGAUGGAGUAUCUGCGGGAAGUGGAUCGGUUGCAAGUGCCGGUACUGUGUGGAUAUAAUGACAAGGAAGGUAUGAUGGAGCUGGUGGAUAUGAUCAAAAAUCUACCGGUCUACAACAAACGGCCGGAGAAGUUUAUCUGUCGAUCGUUCGAUGUCGAUUACUUUAGUCCGGCCGCACGCGCUCUUGGUGAGGAGUUGAAAAAGCAUUACUUUGGCGAGAUGGCAAUUAGUCGGACGAAUCUGAACCAGCUAGUGGAGCUGCUAAGCGAUCGGUUUGUGGUAGGUUACUAUGUGCUGUGUAAGCUGUGGUGCGAACAUCAACCGAAGACUCCACUCUAUUCGUACCGUUUCGCGUACGAAGGUUCGCUGAACAAAGGCAAGGAGUUGCUAAAGUUCCAACACCUGCCGGGAGCAUGCCAUAUCGAUGAGGUGUACUAUCUGUUCAGUUCGCCCUUGUUGCGCACGGAGAUUUCACCAUCCGAUCCGGCUUAUCAAAUGCGCCAGCUUAUGGUACGUAUGUGGACCAACUUUGCGAAACAUUCCAACCCGACGCCAUCGUGCGAUGGGACGAAUGUUCCCUGCCGUUGGGAACCGAUGCGAUCGGUACCGGGUAGUGAUGGGAAGCCAACGAACUACACGGUACUAUCGAUAGGAAAGGAACUGAAAAUGACCACCCUUCCGGAGUUGGAGCGUAUGGGCAAAUUUUUGGAGGUGACAAAACGAUGCAACGGUACGAUCGAUAACUUUGUCAUACCGCGGAUCGGUUCGCGGCCCGAGCGUGGUAGUAGUUGAGGUGAUUAAUGUUUGGUUAAUUUAUGCUCUUGUUGUGCACUUUGGGUGUUGAGACUCACAUACCUUGAUGAAACCGUAAUUAAUUUGUAAUUGAUUGGUGUGCGAUUGGGUCAGUUAUUAGAAUGCAAACUGCGUAUUCAAAACUGGCGAGUAGAAUGUAUUAAAGACUCUUAAAAAUAUUGUGGUUUUGAUAAAUAACAAUAGAUAAUUUUAAGGUACUGUAUAAUUGGAAUUACAUAGAGUUAUUUACUUAUAUAAACAUGUAUAUAAUGGAGCUACAGAUUUUGCUAAAUACAAGCGACCUUUAGCCAAUAUUUAUUUCGGUUUAUCGUUCCGUGAGCUAACAUCAUUGUUUACUGUACAAAAUUCAUAUCAAACUCCACUCGAUGUGUUGUAAUUUGAUGAAACUGUUUUGAGCCCACUUCCGCUACGGAUCUAAUUACGGAUUCAUUCAUUCAAGAGAGCGAGCGGCCGGCUUUUGAAGCCCGACUUAUCCGGUGCUCAAUAAUGCACAAAGUUUCGAGGAAUAAUUGAUUUGCUUUGCUGCUUCAAUAACUUCCAGACAACUCGUUAGACAGUGGUGGUGAUGUGGUUUUGUGAGCGAAUAUUGUUUGUUUUGCGAAUCGUCUUAAAGUAAAUCUUUUACGCAUGAUUUGAUGCUGCUAACGUAGUCAGCAAAAAAACCCGGGUGGCGUGGUAUUAAACCUUAUUUGUUUAAAGUUCUUUUCCCGAUGGUAAACCACUAAACACCAAGAAGUUGUGGUUGGUUGAGCAAUUAGAAGAAAAAUGUCGCUUUCAGUGAAGCAUGUGUUUCGCUUCGGUCAAUUAGUUGGUCCAUAAUUUAUCUAACCGUCCACCGUCGUCAUCGUCCCUCAUCGCAUCAUGUCACUGAACCGCGGCAACUUUUAGCUGAUGUGUAAUAUUUACAUGCGAGCAAAUUUACGCGCGCCCCUGUGUGUGUUGGGCUGUGUCUUAAAAGUAUGACAAAUGAUCUGAUAUUCGGCAACAAAACGAAAUUAACAACAAAAAGCAAACUGCGAACAACUGUUCCUUUACCAAGUGGUGAGGUAUUAUGCUGUGAAUCGGUAAAAUGAACAUUCAGUAACGAACCGGUUCACCGGUUUACAGUGCGAAUGCUGGAAAUGGAGAGCAAUCGUUCGAUGGUAAAGAGAGUUGCAACACCAUACACACAAGCAGAGUGUUGCGAAAUGAUAAAUAUUUAAUAACAUAAUCAAAAGUUCGGAGAGAGAGUUGUGCCGUUUCGACAGCUGUUAGAUAUUCUCACGUGAGCGUGAGAUUCGAGUGCGUGAGAAGCGAGUAAGAUGGUGGUGAGAAUGAUGGUUGUGUGCUUUUUGGGGGAACAGAUCAUACAUUGUGCAUGUAUUUGCAUCGAAUGUAAGUAGUUUCAGUGUUGAUACAAUGGUAAAAUUGAAAUUGUUACAGCGUUAUUACACAUAUUAAACAAGUUAUGUAAUGGAGCAGCUACUAUACUAAUUAUUU